AUGCGCAUUUCCACGCUUCAGGCGGCCGUAGGCUCGGCCGGACUGCUCUUGGCCGCUCACCCAGCAUCUGCCAAUCCCAACCAACACCGUCACGCACAUGUAGACUACGCCAGGCGGCAUGGCCACAACCACGACCACAUCCACGGGAGUCACAGUCAUCAAGUAGAGGACCUCGUCGCGCCAGCAGUGGACGCGGUGAAGACGGAUGAUGUAUCCAAGAUUGUGGCCCGGAAACCGCGGUGUACGCUGCCCGACGACCCGGACUUGGUCUACGUGCCAGGCAAGGACAAUAACGGAUUCGCUAUGAGCCCGGAUCAACCGUGCGAGGACGGCUCGUGGUGCCCGCUAGCGUGCGUCCCGGGCAAGAUGAUGGCACAGUGGAAGCCGCACACGACGUACAAUUAUCCAGAUUCGAUGUACGGCGGCAUCUUCUGCAAAGGCGGAGAGAUCGAGAAGUCGUUCGACGGGCCGUACUGUAUGGACGGCACGGGUGCUGUCAACGCUGUCAACGAAGCGGGCAAGAUCGUCUCGUUCUGCCAAACGGUUCUUCCCGGCAACGAGGCCAUGCUCAUCCCGACCGAUGUGACCGAUACUGCGACCCUGGCCGUCCCAGGACCGAGCUACUGGGCCAACACCUCUGCGCAUUAUUACAUCAACCCACCUGGGGUGGACUCGAAGUUGGGUUGCAUAUGGGGCGUGAUCACUGAGGCGAUCGGCAACUGGGCCGCAUUUGUUGCGGGGGCUAACACCAUGUCCACUGGUGAAACCUUUGUCAAGAUUGCGUGGAACCCAGAAUACCUCAAAACGCCGCUCACUAAGAAAGUGCCAACCUACGGCCUCCGAAUCGAGUGCCCAGGAGGCGGCUGCAAUGGCAUGCCGUGUGUCAUCGACCCGUCCAAGGGUGGGGUCAACGGUCUCGACAGCCCUUCUGAGGCCAGCGGCGUCGGCGACGCCAACUUUUGUGUUGUGACUGUUCCCAAGGGCGGUACAGCGAACAUUGUCGUCUUCAACACUGACGGUUCCGGUGGUGACGACUCUGGCGACGACGACAACGACAAUGACAAUGAGCCCAAGCCAGACCCCUCGCCUUCCUCCGAGGCGCCCAAGCCGCCCAAACCCACCAAGACCCCCCCGAAACCCACCAGCCACCCACCAACUACCACCGCUUCGCCCACUUCUUCCGACGAAAACGAUGACGAGGGCGGCAUAACCAUCUCCUUGGGCUUGCCGGGCGGUGUCUUCCAGGAGAAGAGCGCGCACGGGGACACGACAUUUGCCACGUCUGGCACCGCCCACCCAACUGGCGCUCUGCGACCUGCGACCACGGCCGGGCCGGACAGCGCUGCCUCGACGAUUGCGCCCGUGGCUGCACCUUCGACGUCAAGUAACGAGGGCGGGGCGGCAGUGAGCGCCGAGGGGGGUUCGGCGAUUGCCGGGUUGGUUGUCGCGUUGGUUGCGGCUGCGGCGUUGUUUUAA